GGUGAACUGUGUGUCGUCUUCACACCUUUUGGGACAGAGAGAGGUGCUGAGUGUUACAUAGCGAUGAAAAAAAUGGAAAUGUUUAGGGUAAUGUACCAGUAACGUGUUGCUUAACGACUAUGACAUCAUAUUAAACUGCAUGGAGUAAAGGAAUUCCUCUCAGUCGAUGCACCGUGCUUGCACGGCUGCGCUUUGUAGAGGAGGGCAAUGUCGGAUUUACCGAGGAUUCGCGACGGGCUCUGCGCCAGGAGCAGCGAAAUUCAUAAGCGAGGGAGUAUCAGAACUGGGCAGUGGAUCAGGGGCAGCUGGGGCUGGAGCGACAGAACAACACCAUGAUACCGCUUUUCGAUUUCCAUGUGGCAGACGGAAAAAGCCGUUUGUGAAUUUCGAGCUCGCGCGUUCGUAUGUUCGUCUACGGGGCAUCAAAAGCGUUAGGGAGUGGAUCCAUUACAGCCGCACAGCGAGACCUGCGUGGAUACCGUCAACACCUAGUGAGUACUACAAGGGAAAAGGCUUCGUGAGUUACGCUGAUUUUUGUGGUUAUAGCCUGCGGGUCCCGAAGAGGAUACGCAAGCAGCAGUGCCCUGAAGCUUUAGCACUGAGCCGCACGCAAGCACGCUACCGUAUCAGCAACGCGACAUCCUUGCAAGGCAUCGACCUCUUCAUUGCAAAAAUCAAGGAAGCUGCACCUCGGAUACGUUUCAAGAUGGCUCCACGGCUGUCGCGCACGACCCUGCUAUACACACUCGAUUCGGAUGAGAGCGAUCCGGAAGCGCAGCACCAGUGGGCGACUCUGCUAGUCUAUGGCACCCAGAGUGCUUUUGCGAAUCUGCGACCGCGAGGCGUACCUUGUGACGCUUUUUCCAAAACCCUCGCACACUCAUCGAAUUCGAAACUUGCUUCAGAGUCGGUUAUCACAUUCCGGGUGAAGCGCGCUGCUUGCGGGGCUGGCGUAGUGGGUGUUCACGUGCCGCAGAGCUUGUUCUUCGUUCGAGACUUUUCCGAGUGCCUUGCGCGUGGAGCCAGUCGGCAGAAACAAGCAGCCACCGCGCCCCAUCCUGCGCACCUCACUCCAGAAAAGCCAGAGUCUCCAGGUAGCACACCCCAGUCGAUAGGAAGUGAAAAAAAGAAGAAGCAUCCAAGCAGAGCGACCAUUUCAUUCAAAUCCUCAGAGGCAGUGGAUUCACCGAUUGACUUGGCAUUGCAGUUGAAAACGUGGUUCAACCAUGCAGAAAAGCGAACACUGAGUGAUUGGUGGCGAGAUUUUGCAUCCCCCGGUGGGGCGCAUCUUCUCAGUCAAAUCUGCUUUCGUGUUGUGAUGAAGCAUGUCUACGCUCCGCUGCAGAUGUGCGUGGAGGCACCGCGACACGAUGCGUGGACGUACAACGCAAUCGUUGGGAGCGGAGUGAAGGUGUUACAUCGCUUGGCAAACCCCAUUCCGAGUUGCAAUGGGGACGGUUGCGAGGUUUAUCUAGCAAAGCGCAAUACCCAAGCCACUGGAAUAAUUCCAUAUUCAACAGAAGAUCCUAUUGACGCGCUCGUGGUGUACAUGUUGCGCCGACAGCGACGGAAGCCUUGUGACGUAAAAGAGGACGUUCCGCUCAGGGACUCAGGAAUCAGCGGGAUCUUUGUAUUUCCCCGCUCAGUGCUGAUUCAGUACUUCGUGAACCCUGCUAUUGGCAACCGAGGCAGCCUCCGCUUAGGGGUGUAUCACCCAGAUGCGAAGCCCCGAACAUUACAAUGCCGUUUGCGAAAGACAGAGUUUGAUAAAUACUUUAUCGAUUUUGAAAAAUUUCCUGCUUCUCCUACUGAUCAAGACGAAGGCAAACGCAGAACCUAUCAUGCAGAAUUAGAGAAGGUACGGCAAGUUUUUGAGAGCGUUAAUAAAGAAUCACAGCAGAAGAACAAUUUCUGACCUAAUCGAUGCCCGCGUGACUGCUGGGAAUAAAACCGAUUUGC